AUGCCUACGCCACUGAAGCUUGCGCCGAUGUUUAAGCCGCUGACGCUCACCAUCGGGCAGUCAGGGCUCGACGGCAAAAAGGCACUUGGAGUUGCCCGAAGCAUGCCAACGCCCGCAAGCCUGCACGCUCUCACCAGCACCAAGAUCGACGGCACGGCGCUGCCUCUCUCCGCGCUCUCCGGCAAGGCUGCAGUCGUAGUCAACGUCGCCAGCCGAUGA